GCCUAGAAGGCUCGGAAUUACAGUCCCCGAUAUAGAGAGCCGCCCUGAUUUUAUAAACUGGUCCGGAUGUCAUGCUGGCCUCCCUUGUGCGGCCCAAUUUUCUUCAUGUAAUCUGUUGCAGAUUUUAUGCUAUAUGUCCGAUUCGUCGUCGUCCACCCGUCUACUCGCCCCUGCUCCAGGUCAACCACAGAAGCCCAAUGCGUCCGCCGACGAUGUGGUACCCGGUCGAAAGCACAAGACCACGGCCUGCCGGGCAUGCAAGCUGAAAAAGCUCAAGUGCCGGGGUGAUCCGCCCUGCGAGCAUUGCGUCUCAAACCGGAUCGAAUGCGUCGUGGAUGAGAUGGCCGACAUGCGUCGCAAAUUUGCCAUGAAGCGGAAACUGGAUCGCUUGGAGCAAGCCGAAGACAUCCUGACGCAAUUGAUCAAGGCACUGUGCGCCAGCGAGACCAAGCGCCUGGCCCAGCUGCUGAACCUCAUCCGGAGUAACGCCUCGUUGGAAGACCUGCAGAUCUUCCUGCAGCAUCAAUUUUCGCGGCCUGAGAUUGAACGGUCGCCGGAGUUGCGCGAGGUCCAACUCAAGAUCCAGCGAUCGUCCUCCGAGUCUUCCUCGGAGGAGUUCACUACCGGCCGGUCGCAGCGACCCCCGAGACGCAUGCUGGAGUUGAGACGGCUGGUCGACAUCCCGGUGCACCGGGUACCCGCCAAACCGUGGACAACGGCCACGGACGACGACGACCUGGUGUCGCAUCUGGUUUCCCUGUGGUUGACCUGGACCUUUCCGUUCUUUCACUGGUUGGACGCGGACGUGUUUGUCCGGGCCAUGCAGUCGGGCGACGUAAACAGCCCUUUCUGCUCGCCCUUUUUGGUGAAUUCCAUUUUGGCCGAGGCUAGCUAUUAUUCGGACUAUGCAGAUGUGUUUACGGUGCCGGGCGAUAUGCUAUCCCGCGGGGACCAGUUCUUUGAGGAGGCACGCCGGCUGCUGGAUGUCGGCGACAAUCCCCCUCCCUCCCUCGCGACCAUUCAAGGUCUCUUGAUCUUUUUUGUCCGCAUGGUUAUUAUGGGUAAGGAUCGCAUGGGCUGGAUGUAUUUGGAUCUGGCCACGCGUUCUGCGGAGGAAUACGCCGCCGCGCAUCCACCCCGGCCCCCACAGUCGGAGGAGGAGAGAGUAACUCAGAACGUGGCCAACCGAACACUGUGGGGCAUAUUUAGUUUUGGCUCUACCGCCGCCGUGUCGUUGAUGAAACACAUCGAUGUCAAACCGCCAAGCUGUCCCCGUGUGUCCAUAUUGCAUGGGGAUCCUUGUGACGUGUGGGUGCCGUAUCCGAGGUCUGUGGACCCGGUGACUGGACAUCAUAACUGCGUGUUCGACCGCUGGUGCGAUAUCUGCUGCAUCACUAUCCAGAUCAGCCGAGCUUUCCACGACAGUUCCGACCGGCCACCGCAGGCAGACCUCGUGGCGACUGUCGAGGAUGUGUAUCGGCAGCUGCAGGGAUGGCAUGCUAACUUGCCAGAUUGCUUGGCUGUUGAAACGGCCGCUGUGCCACACGUACUCAGUCUGCAUUUAUUUUACCACACCACUGUCAUCCAGAUCUUUGGCUUUCUUCGCUCCAAUAUCGACACGACUCUUGGUCCCGCGGCGGGCGAGCGCGCACGGAACAUCGGCAUGUCCACUGCGCGACGCAUAGCCUACCUCCUGGGUCUGCACCGAGAACGCUGGGGCAUCGACCGGAUGGCCCCGUCGACGAUCCAGUGGAUCAGUGUAAGCCUAUUCACUCUGUUGGAGGGGUUGGAUCAGCCCGAGAACCGCAAUCCUUUCGUGGAGGUUCUGGUCUUGGGGCGAGCAUUCGCGCGUCGCUUUGCCCUGGCCACAGGCAUUAUACGGAUGAUCCAGCUAUCGGCGGAGCAGAUGAAAGUGGCACUUCCGGAGGAGACGCACGCACUGUUUGUGGAUUUCCAGACGCAAACAUGGGGCGACCGUGACGCCAACGGCUUCAGCAGCUUCUAUCCGCAUUUCCUGACGGUCGUGCAGCAGCCUGAAGCACGGCAGACGGAAGCCUCGAUGGACAAUUUUCUGGGGAAGUGGGAUAAUCUUAAUAUCAAGGAGAAAGACGACGAUGAAGGCCAUGACCAGCAAUGAAUAUACCCUAGCAAGAAUGUCAAAUUUGAAUGCAAUAUUAUGAAGAUUUACGG